GCCGCCGCCGGGGCCGCUCCCCGCCGCCGCGUGCGCGGGGGCGGCCGCGCGCCGCUCGCGGCCCCGCUGCUGCUGGCGGCGGCGGCGCUGCUGCGCGGCGGGCCCGCCGCCUUCUGCGGCCUGGGCGCGGCCUCCGAGCGCCGCGGCAGCGGGAGCCCAGUGGCCCGCAGGCAGAGGCAGCAGGCGGGCGAGGGCGAGGCGUUGCUCACGCAGGCGCAGCUGCUGCGCAAGCAGUGCGCGGAGAGGGGGCUGCUGCAGAGCGGCAGCGAGAGCGACCUGCUGCUGCGGCUCAGGGUGUGCCCCGGGCACGUGAAGCGGGCUGCAGCCCUGAGGCCGCCAGCGAGGCAGGUGCCCGCGCACGCCGCCCGCGCGGCAAGCCCGCCCCCCGCCGCCGUGCGCGCGGAGAGCCCGAGCGGGCCGCCGAUGCCGCAGCAGUCCCGUCAGCAGAUGCACGGCGGCGCUGCUGGUUCGGUGUCCAUGCCAACCCAGCGGUCGGCUCCGCCGCAGGCGCACACGACUGCGGGCACCGCUAGGUAUGCGCCCUCGUCCUCUGGUGUCGUCCAGGGGGUGACCCCCGACUUCUUCAAGCUCCCCGUGGGCUCGCUGCCACGGCGCAUCUGGCAGUGCGAGAGCUCCUGGUCGGGGAACCACUACGAGGCCCGAGGAUGGCGCAGCAGCCGGGGGUUCACCUACGUGGCCAACGUCCUGGACGGCAUCACAUACCUUGCCACGUCUAUGGACGACAGCACGGACGCCCCUCCGAGGUCCGACUGCAGGGAGGUCUUCGAGGGGGACCUGUCUCCGAGCCAGUACGCCGACCUGGUCGCCACCUUGCUGCAGGUGGAGGAGGACGAGAGCAAGGCACAGCGCUGGAGGCGGCAGCCCAGCGCGGUCAUGCCCCACGGGGGCCACGAGUUCAGCCUCUACCCGCAGUUCCGCUAUCGUGGCCUGACGACCGAGCCGCUGAACGGCGCCCCUGGCGUGCCAGAGCCGCACGUGGCGAUCACGGUCGUGCACGAGGCGGUGCCCCCCGCGGGGUUCAACCUGGGCGGCCUUCCCGCCACCAAGGCCAUGCGUGACAGCCUCGUGGGCCUGAAGGUCUUCCCCGCCCCCACGGAGAAGGGCGAGACGGGGGAGAAAUGGGAGAUAUGUGAGAUGGAGGAGGGGGACAAGCUCGCGCUGGACGAGGAGCUUCGCCAGGAGAUCCUGGGCUACAAGCUCACCGAGCGGAGCAGGGAGGCGUGGCAGCGCGCUCCCGUCGGCAUGCUCGUCCUCCAGGUGUCCAGGAACUGCCGCGACGAGGAGGAGUUCCGCCUCACCUACCUCGCCUCGGACCUCAGGCCCGGGGUAUCCGAGAGGAACCAGGAGCGGCUGCGGAGCAUGCCGGGCUGGGAGCAGUGGGAACCCUUCCCCAUCAACAGUCCCCAGGUGAGGCAGAUAUCCACGCCCGACCAGCGCCGCAACCGCAUCCUGGGGGAGCUCGAGCGCCUGCAGGCCAAGUUCGGGUGGCUCCAGCCCUUCGGACUGGUGUCCGAGGGCAAGCCCGGCAACGUGUUCUUCGGGAAGCUCCCGGCCCCCACGGGAGUGUUCGGCCGUGGCACGAAGGUCAGCCCGCCGUCGGGGACGAAGAUCAUCCAGGCGCUCGAGCGGAGCGGCCCGUUCGGCCUGGUGACUGGCUCGUCCGCGCCGCCGCGGCUGCGGGGCAUCCUGCUCGGCGACCCGGACUGGAGGGAGAAGACGCGGGCCGGGGAGCUCCUGGCCCAGGCACGCGGGAAGCUCUCGGCCAUGGGGCUGCAGACGGCGGACGGGCGCGGCGACGACGAGGUGGUGCUCUGGAGCGACCUCGGCUCCCUCGCGGGGGCCCUGGACCGGGCGGGCGUGGGGCAGAACGACGCCGUCAUAUUGUUCGGGUCGAAGACGCUGGGGGCCAGGGAGCCCGCGGUCCGCGAGCGCAUGAAGCACGAGUGCCUGAACUGGGGGCCGGACGCCUCCCGCCAUCUGGCCAGCCAGUGGGUUUCGAUCCACAACUUCGGUGCCUGGGGGAACGACAAGAAUGCCAAAUACUCCCUGAUGAACGUCUGCAUGGGACUGCUCGCCAAGCUCGGUCACGCGCCCUUCGGCAUAGACACCUCUGCCUGGCGUUCGGGGCGCGGCGGGGGACGGGGCAUGGUCGUCGCGGGCUACGACGUCUGCCACCUGGCCUUCAAGACUGUCCACGUCGCCGUCGGGCAGCGAGUCGAGACUGAGGAUGCGAGCAGUUCCGUGGCGAGCAGGAUCACCGCCAACGUGAAGCGCAUAGAGGGCGAGACCGUGGACGCAGAGAUGCUGCGGAGGAUCGUGCCGCUAGAGGCUGCGAGCGGCAAGGUGGUUUUUGUCCACAGGGACGGCCGCUUUCCCACCGACGAGCUCGAGAGCUGGCAGAAGUACUACGAGGAGGAGCUGAAGCCGACGGGGGCUACCCUGAUUAUGGUCGAGAUCGUCAAGCUCGUGGGCGGGGUGCCGAGGAUAUACCGAAGCAGCCAAGGGGGGCGCCUCGAAAAUGUCGACGAGGGAACCUACGUGCAGUGGUCUGACAAGAACGCCUACAUUGCGACAACGUCGGGAAGCCAAGGAGGAGGCGGGACGGUGAACCCGCUCAACAUCCACCUGCGGAUGACGCUGGGCGAGGCGUCGGACAUCGACCGCAAGGCCUGGAUCCACAGCGUCUUCGACCUCAGCUACCUGCACCACGGAUCCGUCUUCAAGGCGCCGAAGCUACCGAUGACGACCUACUUCUCCGACCGGCUUGCGUACAUGGUGGCGAAGGGCGACAUCCAGUGGGACGCGAAGGUCGCGCAGAGGAUGAGCAGCUCGCAGCAGCCCUGGCUCUGA